AUGACUGUAGUAGAUCCAUCAUUACAAAUGAAAAUUAAUCAAUAUAUGGUUGUUGGACGUGGGAGACCAACCGAACUAAAUCCACAUCCUCAAGUAUAUCGUCUAUGUAUUUUUGCUCCAAAUGAAGUAGUAGCUAAGAGUAGAUUUUUUCAUUUUAUGUCAAAGCUCAAUAAAGUAAAGAAGUCUAAUGGCGAAAUAUUAUCUGUAACUCAGAUCUUUGAGAAACGACCAACUUAUGCUAAGAAUUUUGCUAUUUUGCUACAAUAUAGAAGCCGUACGAAUAUUGUAUAUAUGUAUAAGGAAUACAGAGAUGUCAGUAAGAUUGGAGCUGUUAGUCAGAUGUAUGAGGAGUUAGCUGGUUCUCAUCGUGCAAGACGUAGUAAUAUUCAAAUUAUUCGUGUUUGUCAGAUUGAAGGCAAAUUAGCUAAGAGACCAAAGACAACUCAAUUCCUUAAUUCUAAACUCAAGUUCCCAGCUAUUAGAAGACUUCCCAUUGCUCCGAAGUCUCUACGUUCAGUAUUUGCUGCUUCCAGACCUACUACAUUUCAACAAUAG